GCGGUGUGCGGAGGCGGGAGCGCCGCGGGGCCGCUCUGGGCCGUGAGGGGAACUCGGCCCCGGCACCGUUCGGGGAGCUCCCGGUGCUCGCAGGGACCGGCUCCGCCUCCGCUGGGCUGCCCGGGUGCUCUCCGGGACUCGCUAAUUCCGCAGGGACCGCUCCGGUCUCUCUGAGCUGCCGGCUGCCCUCAGGGACCGGCCCGGCUCGCUGAGCCCCCGGUGCCCUCAGUGCCCGGUUCCAGCCCCGCUGAGCCCCCGGUGCCCUCAGGGCCCGGUUCCAGCCCCGCUGAGCCCUCGGUACCCGGCAUGGGGCUGCUGACCCAGCUGGUCCGCGGGCUGGUGCGCGGCGCCGACCGCCUGUCGCCGUUCACCAGCAAGCGCGGCCCGCGGAGCCACAACAAGGGCCGCGGUGCCAAGAAGCUGGGCGUGCUCACCCGCAACAAGAAGUUCCUCCUCGUCAAGGAGAUGGUGCCCGAGUUCGUCGUGCCCGACCUGACGGGCUUCAAGCUGCGGCCCUACGUGUCGUACCGCGCCCCCGAGGGCUCCGAGCCGCCCAUGACGGCCAAGCAGCUCUUCGACCAGCUGGUGGCUCCGCGCAUCGAGAAGGACGUGAAGGACGGCACGUUCGACCCCAACAACCUGCAGAAGUACGGCUUCGAGCCCACGCAGGAGGGCAAGCUCUUCCAGCUCUUCCCCAAGAACUACGUGCGGUAGGGAGCGGGCGGUGAGACCGCUGGGCAACGCGGGACAGGCUCCGUCACUGGACAGCAAAGCAAAUCCUUCUGCCUUGGAAAUCUGCGGUGUGACUGAGACAGCUGUGCCUGGUGAGCAGAGCCCUCUCUGCGGUUCUGAGGAUGAGGAGUCCAUCAUGUUUCUAAAUAAAAAGUACUGCAAAGUUUAAGAAUUAAACUUUAAA